UCGGGGCAUUCGCUCGGGAAAAACGGGACGCCCUUUUCUUCUAAAAAAGAAAGUCCAGGUCUUCGAAAACGUUGCGCGAGAAAUUUGCCCUGCUGAUUGUCACGCGUGGAGACGUUUUCACGUGACAGCUUUCAUCAGGGCAUCCCUGUCCUAGUUCGCGGUCCUGGCCCGACUCGAGACUUCGGAGCGAUAGCACGGCGGGACGUUGCAGUCACUGUAAUUUUCUUGCUCGCCGGUCGACUCGGUAGCAAUGCGUUUAUCGUAGGUCCGACGUCAGCGCGCCCUUUCUCGAGACGAGCACGCUUCGACGAACGACGCUGCUGCAUGUUCCGCCGCAUUGUUCCGCCGCGUUGUUCCGCCGCGUUGUUAUGCAUUGGAAACCAGACUUCAACGGACCGUCAUCGUCGACAUACCUUCACUUAACGCCACAUAUCCAUACCGGACAUGCUGGAGGUGCAGGUGGCGCCGGAGGAGAUCACAGUGUCGCAGCAUCACCCCGUGAGCUCCUACACAAGCUGCUUCGGCCUGCCCUACCAGGACCAUAACUACGGGGCGCCACCGCCCCCGACGCCGCCGGCGUCGCCCACGCCGAUGGUUGAGCCAGUCGAGGAGGUCGUCAAGGCCAAGGUCGAGAAAGUUCGCUUCCUCGGCGACGAGCGGACGCAGCUUAUGCCGGCGCCCCCUCGCGGCGACGACAACGAUGGGGAUAGGCAUCGCGCCGCCGCCGACUCGCACGCAACAGCCAACAUACUCGACGCGAUCGACACGGUCGUGAAGAAGGCUAUGAUUUAGAGAUGGAGUUAGUGGCAGCAG